CCUCCAGGCAGCUUCAGGAGCUGCAGAGGCAGAAGGAGAUGGAACGGGAGCAUCAGGAGCGAGAGCGUCAGGAGCGGGAGCGUCAAGAGAGGGAACGUCAAGACAGGGAGCGUCAAGAGAAGGAGCGUCAGGAGCGGGAGCGCCUGGAGCGAGAGAUGCUGGAGCGCGAGCGGCAGGAGCGCGAACGUCAGGAACGGGAGCGUCAGGAGAGGGAGGCACAGGCGGAGAGGGAGCGCCAGGAGCAGCAGGAGCGCAGCGAGCGUGAGCUGAUGGAGAGGGAGAAGACAGAGAGGGAGCAGCAGGAGCAGUUGGACAGAGAGCAGCAGGACUGGGAGAGAGGGAGACGCAUCUCCAACGCCGCUUUUGAAAGCACCCUGUACACUCCCACGCCUCAGGAGUACAGCAGGACGUCCUCCACGCCCGUAUCCCCAUCCACGCCCACUUAUCCAGCACCUGGGACGCCGUCACCCUCCUCCACAACUCCACCAACCCCACCUCUAAGGCAUUCGGCCUCCCGAUUCGCCACCUCGCUCGGUUCUGCCUUCCACCCAGUCCUGCCUCACUACGCCACGGUCCCGAGGCGACAGCAAGCGUUCCCCCAAGCCCCGCCUCCUGCUCCGGCCCCUGCCCCUGCCCCGCCUCCUCCACCAAAGUCUGUCGUUUGGUCAACUUGCAACUUCACUCCCUUGCCCCCCUCGCCCCCUGUCAUGAUAAGCAGCCCCCCGGGGAAGGCUGCAGGUCCACGGCCGCUCAUCCCGAUCGCAGCACCUUCUCCUCUCACCCAGAAGCCCCCCUCACCGGCCCCUAACGGCCCACCCAUGUUCCCCGCACCUUCUCCUGUGACCAUCCCGCACAGCCACACCCCUAUCGGCAUCGCUUGCCCCACCCCGCCUCCCCCACCCACCCCACCCCCUCUCCCCUCCCCCAUAGCUCCCCUUCCGUCUUCCUCCUUCGUCUCGUCUCCCCCCUCCUCAUCCCAGGCUCCUGGUGUGCCCUCUCCCUCCACAGCACCCCCUGCUGCCGCAGCCGCCGCCACCUCUGCCUCUGCUGAGCACCUCUCCCUCCCCGUGGGCCUGGGCCUGUCGGGGCCGGGGGAGCCGGACACCGCUACAGGCCCAGAGACCCACCUUCCUCAGGGGGGCUUCUCCUGUCAGUCCCAGGACGUGGUGCAGACCCCGGGCUUGACCACCCCGACCCCUCCCCCACCUCCACCCCUGCCACCCGGUUCCACUGUGACCUCCGCGGCUGCCACCCCGGCUGCCACCCCCUCUACCCCAGCCGGCCACCCUCCCCCACCCCCACCUCCUCCUCUCCCUCCUACGCUGACUCCAGGCGGGACCCCCCCUCCUCCACCAGGUCCGCCCCCUCCUCCCGGAGCCCCCCUCCCUCCCCCAGCGCCUCCCCUUCCCGCCGGACUCUUCUCUCCUGCCGAGGACCGUCCCACCUCAGGCCUGGCCGCUGCCCUCGCCGGAGCCAAGCUGCGCAAAGUGCCAAGGAGUGAUGAUGCAGGGGCAGCUCUGGCAGCAGCCAUGUUGGGGGCCGGAGGGGCCAAAUCUGAAGCCAGGGGCAACGGCCCUUUGCCCGGAGGAGGAGGGCUGAUGGAGGAGAUGAGCGCCCUGUUGGCCAGGAGGAGAAGAAUCGCAGAGAAGGGCUCGUCACCUGAACCUGACCAGAGAUCAGAGGAGGGCGAGAUAAACACAACCCCUAAAGUGUCAGCCUGUAGCACACCAGACAUGCCCAGGAAGCCAUGGGAAAGAACAAACACCAUGAACGGUAGCAAAUCUCCAGUUAUCGGAAGACGAGAGUCUCCGUGGAGAAAUCCCAUGGGAGCAGAUUCCUCCAACAGACCUAAAUCCACUCCUACACCUACUGCAUCCUUAAGUGCCAACGGUGUGCCAACAGAAUCUGUUGACUAUGACAGGUUGAAACAGGACAUUCUGGAUGAGAUGAGGAAGGAGCUGUCAAAGCUAAAAGAAGAGCUCAUUGAUGCAAUCAGGGAGGAGCUGGGAAAGUCCAGCACGGCGUAGAGGAUCCUCUUCACAACAUCUAUAUCCACGCAACCUGACAGACAACCACGGUCAAUUUAAAGACACAACAUUACAACAGCGGAAAAUAAAAUCAGCAAAAAUGGGGAUGAUGACAAUAAUCAUAUUAAUACUGAGAGAGGACAUUAUUUGGGGCAGCAUCGGACAGAAUAACAAUGGACAGGGUGGUGGUGGGAGGCUUGUAACUCUGAUAGCUGUGACUCACAGAAUCCAUUCUACGAAGCCUUGUGCGUCCGCUGCCUCCCCGCCCCUCCCCCUCCUCCUGCCGAGGGCAUCCUGGAGGACAGUGCACGGUCUGAAAGAGAAGCAAAUGUCUUUAUGCAAAGAUGAAUUCUCUCUCUUUGUCCUAUAAUAACAAGAAAAAACACAAGAAAACUAUAUUGAACUCUUCAGUGAUACUGUAUUAACCAUUGGCGCAUAAGUGAACAGCAACGUCGAUGCUAAGAAUCUUGUGAUUUACUAUCAAACGGCACGUUUUAUUAAGAGAGUUUGGAGACAGGAAGAAAGUGGGGAUGGAAAAUAAAAACUUUUUUUCCCAUAAUGCCAUAGGGGUAGCGUGCGUGCGUGCGUGCGUGCGUGUGCGUGUGUGUGCGUGUGUGUGCGUGUGUGUGCGUGUGUGUGUGUGUGUGUGUGUGUGUGUGAGAGAGUGUAUGGGGGACUGACAGUCUCUGGUGAAGUCCACCACUGCAGGACACUGUAAAGCUUGUCUUCCUCAAAUACUAUUUUAACCUGAAUAUGUACAAAAGAGAGAAAAAGUUAUUUAGAAAAAAAAAAAAAGCAUCUAUCAACCAUGUCUGUUUCAGUGUAGAUCUACGGCCAUAUCAAGUAGCUCAAUAAUCCAAUCUUUAAACAGGAUGCUGUCUUGUCUGUCUCUUCUUGUCGUCUCCCUCCUGAAGUGAGCGCUCUGUUGACACUUUUCAUUUCUUUGUUCAUACUGUUGAGCGGCAGGCGGACGAGACACGGAGGAUGGCUGCCUGUCAGACGGCAGCCAUUGUAGCUCUCUACCAAACUUUCUCCGUCAACGAUAAGUGCUGAUUUGCUAAUACCUGUCAUGCUUUUUGACCAUGGCCAGACGUGUAGAUAGAACUGAAUUUCCCUUCCUGUACGUUUUUGAUUUGAAGACUCUCUCUUCCCCCUUUCUUUGUUACGUCUGUCACAUUAAGGUACUCCGUUUGGUGCAUGUAUGGUUGUUUUCUUUAUACAGUGAGGGUCACAAGUCUGCCACGAAAUUGCAUUAUCUGUCGCAAGUUUUAUUACAAGCAAUAAGUGUAGCAUCUAUUUUGAAGCCCACCUGCCCCAGUCCUGACACCAACAAACACUUUUCAAUGUCCGUCUGUCCUUUUUGGCCCUCCUGAGCCCCCAUUAGACAAUGUCACUGUAUGACACACCACGCCACUUCUUGUCAACUCUAUUGCAGAUCUUUUGUUAAACUGAAGGCUGACAUGAAAGAAUAUCAGCGCAGCACUGUAAGACAUGAAUUUCAUGGAACAGCACCAUUUCUAAAUCACAAUACCCUCCCUUUUUUAAUUUCUGAUUUCUAUAAAUUCCAAGGAAACUGUGUCUUUAGUCACAUUGGAGCUGAACUGAUUUUUUAUCCUUUAUUAUUAUUUUUAGUUACUUUACUGCAUUUAUAAAGUAAAACUUUUAAAAGGUGCACGGGACAUCCCAAAUGUGUAAGAGAUGGUGUCCAAAAGAGGACCUGAAUGUGCCAUUUACUAUUUCUAGUGCUUACUGAUGACGUGUUUGUUUCAUCUUUUUUUUCUUUGCCUUCUUCUCCUGCCAAUGUCAAAUCCUUAAAAUGAAAAACUGUAUUUUCCCUGAGAUGUUACACAGAUAACAGGACUGUCACUUUAUUCUAAGAACACUCUUGUUUCAACAUUUUUUUUUGUCAGUUUAGUGAUGUUUGUUUAACUUGAAGUACAAUCAACCUGAGAGGGACAUGUUGGGAACUGCAAGACUGAUUUCCAAAUACUGUAGCUGUUGCUCCAAGAUCACAUGUCAAAGUAACAGAUACAAACCUGUGUUACAAUUCUGUACUCUGAAAUCCUGAGGAGGGACAGUUCCACUAAUACAGCGGUCUAACAGCCACCCACAGUGAGGUUUGCGGGACAAGCUUGAAAACAACCUUUUGACUUUCCAAAGGAAUCCAGGGUGAUAGGAUAUCUAAAAACAGUUGUAAAAUGUUGUGUUUUAGCAUCUAUGAAGUGAAUUUUGUGAUAUCUCAGUAGUUACAUACAUCAGAUUGAGAACUCACAAGGCAAUGCAGUGUGCAUACUAUUGCCACAGUUCAUCCUUAAUGUCACAGCUCUAGCUCCUUUGCAACAGUAACAGUAUUUAUAACUUAAAGGGGCACUCCAGUGCUUUAAUUUUGCUGUUCCAUUAAAUCUUGAGACUUGCAAUAGGCCUUUUUUGGGAAAAAAAAGAACAGUUAAAAUUUAAUCAGUAACAGGCAGAAAUAUCCCGAUUUUUAGUCUUACAACUCCCAUAAUUCAACCUGAUAGCAUCCUUUCAUUAGACACUCCCUGCCUGAACAAUACAAUCACUAGAUAGAAUUUGGUGUUGUACGUUUCUGCAAACCACGGAUGUGUUAUAUUUAUUUGAUUCAUGUUCAAUUUCUACGUUUCGCAUAUAGCAGUUAUUUUUCAAACUUUCUUUACAUUUUCAAUUUUAUGUCUAUGCUACACUGUGGUUAACAUGUUAGGUUAAAGCAGAAAAAUCACCUGGUAAGGCCGAGGAAAAGAUCAUGUUUUGGCUCAAAAUACCUGGUUUUGUCAACAUAAAUAUGGCUGGAAAUGUUCCGACGUGUCAUUAAAAAAUACCCAGUAUUGUCACCACAAAAACAGCUGAAAAUGUCCCAGCAUAUCGUUAAAAAUACCUGGUUUUGUCACAACAAAUCACAGCUGGAACUAUGCUGACAUCUAGUUAUAGGAUACCAGGUUUUGUAGCCACAGACACAGCUAGAAAUGUCCGAUCAUUUAGUUAAAAAAUAUUCAGUUUUGCCACCACAAACACAGCUGGAACUAUCUUGACAUCUUGUUAUAAAAUACCUGGUUUUGUCACACCGGACACAGCUGAAAAUGUCCCAACAUGUCAUUAAAAAUACCUGGUUUUGUUGCAACAAAUACAGCUGGAACUAUCCUAACAUCUAGUUAUGGGAUACCAGGUUUUGUAGCCACAGUCACAGGUAGAAAUGUCUGAUCAUUUAGUUAAAAAAUAUUCUGUUUUGCCACCACAAACACAGCUGGAACUAUCCUGACUAUCCUGACAUCAGCUGGAAAUGUCCCGAAGUCUCAUUAAGAUUACCAGGAUUUUUUGCCACAAACGUGGCUGGAAAUAUCCAGACGUCUUGUUAAAAAUACCCGGCUUUGUUGGUCUUUAACAGUGGUGUGCUGCUUUCUGCUGCUUGGCAAUUGUCUCACCUAGGUAUCUCCCCAAGGUGUCAUGCCAUCCACUCUCCCCUCCUCCUCCUGAUGACAAAGUCAGCUCAUAUACAUGUAAUCUGAAGUAUGUCAAUUUAGAGAUGUUACUGUGAUACAUGUGAAAUGUACAAAUGUAACAUGUCUGUGGUUUGCAGAAACGUACAAUGCCAACAUUUUAUUCUGACAACUGGGCUGCUGAAACACCACACUCUGUUUGUAACACUAAAUCUUUGUUAAAAUUUUGUUUUCUCCCUGUCAAUAACCCUGGUGACAUCAUCACCUUUCUAGAAGACACUGUACAACUGUUUUCUCAUGCUGAGUAGAUUUCCUCAUGACUGAACUGAUCCUAGUGUACAACAUUGUCAGAGUGCCCCUUGAAAUUCAGAUCAGGAGAAGCAGCUAAGGAGUUAUGAUGUCUUGCAUGUACCCCAGAAUCCUAGACAAAGGUUGGUUAAUCGUUGGCUGUCUGUGGCUGUUGGAUCUCAUACUACACAACUCUGUGUUCAAGGGCUUGGAUGUUUGAAGAUGAGAAGUCACAGAUUUGAGUAAAAAUGUGUGCUCCCUCCGCUUUUCUCUCAUUUGCUUCAGAUUGGCUCAAAUUUGUUAAAAAUACUGUGACUAGAAAAAUGAAUGGGUUAACUAGGGUCAGGUCUGUUUCAUGAUCUCUCUGUGGAGUUGUUUCAUCUUCUCAUCCACAUUUUUUUCUAAUGGAAACACCCAGCCAAGAGGCUCCCUGUACUGAGUGUUUACACAGCAUCAAUUGCACUUUAAGACAAAAACCCGCAGAGCAAUCCAACGUACUCUGACAACAGAGCCUCGGUCACCAACAGUGUGGCUUUCUCACCAAAGGAUUCAACUCGGCAGUCUCUUGCUAAACGUAAUCACUCUCAACAAAGUCGCCUUUCUUAUUUUUGUAUCAUUUUGUGGAGAGAUCUAACAAAAAGAAAGAUGUCUGUCUCUAUGUUCAGUCCUUUGGACAGGAUGGAGGGUGAAAUGUUUGGAUCAAGUAAAAGUUUAUCUCUUUGUGAAGCUAUGUAGUUUGUGCCUUGUUCCGAAGUUGCAUUUAAUAUGUCAAAGAUAUAAAGAUGACUAGUAAUAAUAUCUAGGGACUGUCAUUAUGAUCACAUGCAGUUGUUAUUUAGUUUGGCUUUUUUUUCCAUCAUGGUCAUGUUGAUUUGAAGGGAGAGUUUUAUGACCUUUUUACUGUUCCCCACCAAGAAAACAUCUUUGCACCAAGAUCUCCUAUGUUUGUUUUUUUUACAUACAUGUGUUUAUUUCCACACAGUUGUGAGGUUGCUUUUCUAACAGCUCUGAAGUACAAUCAAGCCUUUGAGACAUGAGGCCUGGAAGAGUUAAAAGAUGAUCUUCGCUCUGAGAUAAUUUUUCUAAACAUAAAGUCCAGAUGAGUCUGACUGCAGUGUUCUGUGAUACCGUUUAAAUGUCACAGAAACUGCGUGUGUUCAGCAGCUUAGCUUUCUUUACACACUUGGAAAUGUGUUUUGUCCUCUGCAGUAAGGUCUGCUCCACAUUGAUGUCAGAUUGCUGAUGGAAACAUUUCUCUUUGUCCGUAAACCCAGUUUUCUGCCGAGGGAACCGAGAGAAUUGUGAAUUUGCAGGGAUGAAUUUGGCUGAAGCAAGUUUUAAUGGAUGGGUUUCCAGAUUUAUUCUUUUAUCAUCUGCAUUGUACCAUACUGUUCUCAUGUUAAUUAGUCUUUUCUUACAUGCUAACAUAUUGUUUUGUUUGAGCAAAUUAAAUAAAAAUUGCAAUACAAGACUA